AUGGCUCCAUCCGCGCAAACCGAAGACGGGGUAUUUAUCUCCAACUUCCAACAUCCCUCUUUUAUCUCUCCAGUUCAGCUAACAUGGCGACUUUUCCAGCCGAGAAAUAACAUAUCGAGCCUCGAAAAAUAUAAAUACCUUGACGUAGGUACUUUUGAACAGAUUUUAGAAAUGGACGACGAGGAUCAAGAGAGGGAGUUCAGCCGAAGUAUAGUAUAUGGCUUUUUCGACCAGGCAGAAGCCACAUUCCUCAAAAUGGAAUCCGCGAUGUAA